AUACAAAAUAUACAAGCCCUUUUGAAAAAAGAAAAAAAAAAUCGCCUUUGUUCAACUCUCCGUUUUGGAAAAAAUACUCACCCUUGCCCAAUUUUUUUUUUUAUUUUUAUUAUUAUUAUUAUCAUCAUCUUCUCUGAACAAUCACUUAUCCUUUAGUAGAAGGACCUAUAUAUCUUUGUCUUUUAUAUUACAUCUACUUUUAGGGUAUGGCCAGUCAGAUGGUGUCUCGAUUCCGAGUUAAGAAACUUUCUCCAAAACACCCACUUCCUGUUUAUAAAGAGUCUCAACUUCCUGACCUUACUGACCCUACAAACCUUCAACGUUCUGUUCCUCAAAUUGAAACUGGUGUAGAAAAAGAAGAAGAAGAAGAACAUGAUCUUCAAGCUGCCAUCUCCGCGGCUCAAGCUGCUGUUACCACUGGAGCUCAAGUCGAAAGAUAUAUCCCAACUCCUGAUGCUUCUCGUGUUAUCCCAACUAAAGCAUACAAUUCUCUAUAUAUCAAGAAAUUCAAAGAACCAUCUACAUUGAUUCGAUUCUCUUCUACAGUGGAAGAUUGUACUGGUUGUCCUUAUGUCAUGGAUGAUGAUGAUGAUCUUUUUCUGAAGAAAUUCAAUAAAAAACGUAAAUCAAAUACUAUUACUGAAGAUCGGUUUGAAGAAAUCAUGUGGGCAUUAGAAACAAUCAUUCAACAACAAUUACCUCAUCUUAGUGUGGAUCCUUCUCAAUUACCUGAUUAUGAUGCAUUUCAAUCACUAAUACCUCCUCAAUCCGACCUUUUAUCCACACCAGGAUUUGAUGAUAUCUUUGAACAUUGGCGACAACGACGUGCUCAUCGUGCUGGUAAACCUAUUAUUCCUGUUCUCCAAUAUGAAGAUGUGGUGAAAAAUGAAGUGGAUCCUUACGUAUGUUUCCGUCGCCGUGAAACCAAAUCUGUUAGAAAAACACGACGUACUGAUCAACAAUCAUUGGAACGAUUACGGCGAUUACGAAAUGAAAUGGAAAUGGCUCGCAAUCUAUUAGAAAUGGUAUUGAAACGUGAAGAAAUAAGAAAAGAAGGCUUGAUGUUGGAACAAACUAUCUUUGAGAAAAAGUGUAAAUUUCGUGAAUAUCAACGUAUUCUUGGCAUCAAAGAAGAUGAUGAUUUAUUGGCAACACCAAAAAAGAAACGAAAAGGAAUGUCUAUCGAUUCUGGAUCUGGAACUACCAUCAAGAUACCUCUCAAUAAACUUAAGCGAGAUGCAUUUGAAGGAAGGAUUGAAAAAUCACCUAUACAAUUGGCUAUCGAAAAUGAAAUUAUCAAGAAAAAAGAACAAGAUGCUCCUUUCGAAGAUGUUACAGAGUGUCCAUAUCAACCAUUUCCUCAACCUAUUCCUCAACUAUUUUAUACACCUUUAUUCUCUCCUGAUUCUUUAUCUUCAGCAUCACAGCCUCAAUUUCGACGAAGACUUGGACGAAAUGGCCGAUUGUUUUUGGAUCGUACUGGAUAUCACUGUAGAUCAUUGCAUGACUUGAAAGGGAAAUCCAAACCAUAUGAAAUGUAUCUCAAGGCACGUGAAAGAUAUCGAUUUGAUACUGAUUAUGCAUUUGAUGAUGAUGAUGAUGACGAGUAUAAUAAAGACAAUGAUGUUAUAGAGGUGGAUAUGAUGCAAGAUAGUUACUUACAACAUCGAGCUCAAUUAUUAUCUGAAGGGGAUAUACGAAAUCUCAUCACUAUACCAUUCUUGACACCUUCCAGUAUGACUCAACAAAAGACAGUAUCAUCUUCACAUCAACCAUCAAUAUCUACAUCAUCUUCAUCGAUCAGUGCACCCAUUGUUUCAUCACCGACUACAACAACAUCAACGGGAUCUCCACUUACAAAUGGUACUAAUGGUGUCUCAUCCGCUCUUUCACCAACAAUCAUCAAACGACAGAAUAGUCGAAGUAGAGUGACACCACAACAAGCUGCUGUAGCAAUGGCUAAUGGUAUGAUGGCUGCAAAUAUGGCAGCAGCUGUUAAUCACAGUGGUCAUCAAAACAAAUCGGCAAUACAAAUGGCAAUGGCAGCUGCUCAACAAUCACAUUCCCGACAACAGCAACAACAAUUAUCUUCAACUAUGAAUCAGUCUCCCAUUGGAUCCAUGGCACAACAAUAAUCUUUUUUAUUUUUUUUUUAUUUUUUACGAUAACUGAUUUGUAUGAUACGUCUUCAAUACCUAUCCUUUUUACUUUGAUACCAUUGGUGUUCCUCUAUUAGGCCCACUUU